CAUGCCGGGGAUGGACACACAUAGGAUAACAUGCCGGGGAUGGACACACAUAGGAUAACAUGCCGGGGAUGGACACGCAUAGGAGAACAUGCCGGGGAUGGACGCAUAGGAGAACAUGCUGGGGAUGGACACAUAGGAGAACAUGCCGGGGAUGGACACACAUAGGAUAACAUGCCGGGGAUGGACACACAUAGGAUAACAUGCCGGGGAUGGACACACAUAGGAUAACAUGCCGGGGAUGGACACACAUAGGAUAACAUGCCGGGGAUGGACACACAUGGGAGAACAUGCCGGGGAUGGACACAUAGGAGAACAU